AUGGGCUUUUGGAUGGGACUAUUUACUGCCCUACGUACGAAGCUCCUCUAUACCGCCGCAUACCAUCCAUCUACUAACGGCCAGUCUGAGCGAUCUAAUUCAACCGCCGAGAUCUGGCUUCGACGCUGGCAGAGCCUGCACCAGAACGUCGACUGCGACGAAGGUCUUGCACCAAUGCAGGCGUUGCUCAACGCAUCGGAGAACGCUUCCACAGAUGCGACGCCACAUCAGCUAAUGUUUGGUGUUCGUCAAGCCUUCGUCGGAUUUCUCCAGGCCUCGCGGCAGGAUGCGGAUGAAUGUGCCAAAUGUGCUGCUAUGGUCGUGAAGAAGCAGUACGAAGGAUAA